GUCCAAUGAAGUGGAGUCGUGCUCGGCUUCUCUCUCUUAUCUUUCUCUCACCGCCUCCGUCCAAUUUCGAAUCCUCUUGCACGAACCAAACGGAGCUCCGACCAUGGCGGCGGCCACAGGCUUUCUCACCGCACUUUCUGUCGGCGAUCUAGCGUCCCCUAUCACGCUGCCACGCCGUGCCGCGCUCAUCCCGGGAAGGUGGGCUGCCGCGAGGGCUCUCCGCGUGGCAGCGGAGGCGGGGACGGAUGAGGCAGAGAAGAAGAAGAAGCAGAGGGGCAUCACCAAGCCCAGGCCAGUGUCGCCUCAACUCCAGGCGGUGGUUGGUGAGGUGGAGAUCCCCCGGACCCAAGCGCUCAAGAAGAUUUGGGCUUAUAUCAAGGAGAACAAUCUUCAGGAUCCGGAUGACAAGAGGAUAAUAGUGUGCGAUGAGAAACUACAGGUUAUUUUCGGUAAAGAUCGUGUUGGAUUCUUGGAGAUUUCAGGACUUCUUAAUUCUCAUUUUACAAAGUGAUAUGUCUCCAGUCCGCUGUCGUGCACAUAUACUUCAACUUUGUCGCGUAUUUACAAGCAUCAACGAUUGUACUUACUCGAAAAUACAAUUUCAAUUAAAUCAGAAAAAUGAAUAUUCAGUUGCUGA